GAGAGGUCUUUCUGCAGGAGCCAUAAAAGUUGUUUAGCGCUUGGAUCGUGGAAAAUCGGAGACAGGACGGGAAAGUGAUACGCGAAAAGUCUUGAACACGUUGUGGCUCCAUGAGUGCCGCGCAUUGCGGUUGGGAAGAUUUGGACUUCAGGGCCAUCUUCGGUGAGGAGACUUUGGAGAACCGCGAGUCAGUUGAUAUAGCACCGGAUGACUGUGCCUCAUUUUUCAUCUUCAGCAGAGACCAGGCUAAUUCCUCAGUAAGCCAGCCUGUCUGCAUUCCGCACAAUGAACACCAGAUCCACAGUUCAACCCAUUCUUCCGCUUCCUGCUUACAAGACUACAGAACUUAUGAUAGUUCCAGUGAGAUCCAAGAUUACACAUGCAGUUCUUCCUUUGGUCCAAAAUCCUUUGAAUGUCCUAGCAUUCAGAUCACAUCUAUCUCCCCCAGCUGCCACCAAGAUAUUGGAACAUUUGAAAAUGCAGAAAAUAAUAGACCAGAGAGAGAUUAUAUGGACAGACCUUUGCGGGACCAUCUCUGCCUACAUCUUGAGCCUUCCUUUAGAGAGCCAUCCUUAAGUCCCAGUCCUGGGAGCAGCAUAUCUUCCAGGAGCUGGAUUUCUGAUGCUUCAUCUUGUGAGUCUCUCUCACAUAUAUAUGAUGAUUUGGACUCCGAGCUAAAUGAGGCUGCAGCACGGUUUACUCUGGGAUCUCCACUUACCUCUCCAAGUGGAUCUCCUAGAGAGCAUCCAGUGGAAAAAACGUGGCAUGUCUGUAGUGUCAGUCCAUCAUCAAGACAGUCCCCAUGUCACUCCCCCAGAAAUAGCAUUACUGAUGAGAACUGGCUCAGCCCAAGACCAUCUUCAAAACCACCCUCUAGACCUACUUCCCCUUGUGGAAAAAGACGGCACUCGAGUGCUGAUAUUUUUUAUUCAGGUUUAGUCUCCCCUCACUAUUCUCCAGCAACUUCUCCUGGCCCUUCUCCCAGAGGCAGUAUCACAGAAGAUUCUUGGCUUAAUGCAUCACCCCAUCCUGUGCCUAGUCUUUCUUUGUAUCAGUGCUGGCAGGAAACUGCCAUUCCCCUUAAAACCAGAAAGACCUCUGAAGACCAUAGUGCCAGGUUAGCAGGAAAGACAGAGCUAAACACAGAGGAUCUAGCUUGUUUGUCACCAACAGUGGACAUGCCUACAGAUGAAAGCGCCUGUUCACAGCACCCAGUUAUACAAGAUUCUUCCACUGAUCAGUUUCUGUCUGUUCCUUCACACUUUACAUGGAACAAACAUAAAUCAGGACACACGCCUGUUUUUAGGACAUCAUCCUUACCACCAUUAGAUUGGGCACUGCCUAGCCGGUAUGGGCAGUAUGAACUGAAAGUAGACGUGCAGCCAAAGACACAUCACCGAGCUCACUACGAGACAGAGGGCAGCCGUGGAGCUGUUAAGGCAGUCACUGGUAAUCACCCUAUAGUGAAGCUAACUGGUUAUACAGAAAAGCCACUCAACUUACAGAUGUUUAUUGGAACAGCUGAUGACCGGUAUGUGAGGCCUCAUGCCUUUUACCAGGUGCAUCGCAUCACCGGGAAAACUGUAGCCACUGCCAGUCAAGAGAUUGUUAUAACCAACACCAAAGUUUUGGAAAUCCCACUGCUACCAGAAAACAAUAUGACUGCCAGCAUUGAUUGUGCUGGUAUAUUGAAACUGCGAAAUUCAGACAUUGAACUAAGGAAGGGUGAGACUGACAUUGGUAGAAAGAAUACACGUGUUCGCCUGGUGUUCAGAGUACACAUACCCCAAACCAGUGGGAAGGUCCUGUCGCUGCAAGCAGCUUCUGUCCCCAUUGAAUGUUCACAACGUUCUGCUCAGGAGUUACCACAAGUUGAAAAAUAUAGUAUAAACAGCUGCUCAGUGAAUGGAGGAUUGGAGUUGGUAAUAACAGGAUCCAAUUUCAUGCCAGAUUCAAAGGUGAUCUUCCUUGAGAAAGGACAAGACGGAUGCACACAUUGGGAAGCAGAAGGAAAGACUGUAUUUAAAAAAUGUCAGAUGAAUAAUAUAGUUGUGGAAAUACCAGCAUAUCACAACAAGACUAUAGCAGCAGACGUCCAAGUGCAGUUUUACGUGUGUAACGGAAAAAGAAAAAGAAGUCAGUCUCAGAGAUUCAACUACACUCCAGUUUUACUGAAGCAGGAGAACUUAGAAGAUGGAGAUCUGCAAGAAGCUACAGCAGUUUCUCUUGCUAAGGGGAGAGGCAUUUCUGAUCUUCGUAUGAUCCAUACCAGCCUACUUUUCCAAGACCAAAGAUCCAUUUGUAAAACUCUUAAAUCUUCAUCUCCACCUGGUGUAGAAUGCCCUACACAACCAACAUUUACUUCUUCUCUAAAACAUGAGAUUCCCCAAAUAUCAAAAAUUCAAGAACCAUGCACCAGCUCUUCCCCAUCCACUGCUGAUCCUGAAACCAUGGAAAACUAUCCAGUCUCCAUCUAUUCAUCUCCGCAGAAGCAGUCCAUGCCUUACCAGUGUUUCAGUCCAGAUAUACCGGUCUUACCGUCAUCAUCUCUUACUGCCAUGCCUCACACUGGUCAACCAUCUUCUCACACACAUGAUUGCAGGCUAAGGGGUAUUUCCCUAUCUCCUACCAUUACUCACCCCAGACAGAACUCUGCUUCAUCCCAUCCCACUGACAUGUCUCUGGGCAUUAAAGCUGAGCUUGUGGACCAUGAUAUAAACUUUCAGACUAAAGACCUUGAGGACAUCACAUUGGAUGAUGUGGCUGAGAUUAUAAGACGUGACAUGUCUCAUUGAUGCCAGGGAUAUGCCAAAAGCCCUUGGAACACAGCAUAUCUGAAUCUGAUCACGCUGUCUGGAUGGAGAGAACUUGUGAAGAUAAAUUCCUCUCUAUAUUUCUGAACAUUUAUUUAUGAACCACAGAUUUGUAUGCUUCUGGCUUUUAUGUCCCACAAAAUUCAGAGAAAUGGUAAAUUGGAAAUCAUGAUAGAACAUCAGGUGCUACAUGCACUAAUGUGCGCCAUUUGCACCAGCAUCAGCCUAAGUUUGCCUAGAUUUAGUAAGUCAUAGCAACUAACCAGGUGUUUGCUUUGAAUCAGCUGGCCAGUAAAUCCUACCUGCUAAUUAGUUUCUAUGGGUUACUAGACAAGUAGCAAACUUAAGAACAUUUACUACAUUACCACCUUAGGGGCAGCUUUAUCAAAGUUCGAAAUUAAAGCUUAGCGCAGUAAAAUUCCACCACUUUUGAUUUUUCCUGAGAUUUCUAUGGCCUUUUUUUACAGAAUGUACAAUUUGAUGAAUAUACUGCUACAAAUCCCAUAGGAAUAAAUAGAGAAUGGUAGAAUUUUAAUGCGAUAAGCUCUAAUUUACACUUUAAUAAAUCUUCCCCUUAGUGCUUUAGGCUUGUUUUUUGCACUUUGAGUCUUGCCUCAUUUAUAAUGAUCCCUAACAGGCUCUUGUGUUGGAUCAAUUUAAACCAGUGUUAAAUGUUCUCUGACUAUUCAAAAUACAGGGUGUAACUAAAAUAAAUAAUUGUCGGAAAUCACAA